AUGGCUAAUGGGAAGUCCUUAAAUCAUGAACUUUCUAAACUUUUCAAUGAGAUGUGGGAUAUGGAUGUUAACCGCCUUACGCCUGGGAAAGACUACACAAUUGAUUUGCAGGGAAAAGCAGGUGCCGCACAGCAAGGUGACAGUGCUGUCCAGGACAGUGCAGUCAGACACUUGUUUCACAACGUAAAUGAAGAACGCCUGAAGAGCAUAAAAACUUUUGCAACCUUUAUUUCCUUAUUGGACAACUAUGAGACAUCAACUGGUGUAGCAGAAGUAGUGACUCCAGAAGAAAUAGUUGAAAACAAUUGUUUUCUUGAUGCUAUCUUAGCGACAGAAGUCAUGAAACUAGCUCAUGAAUAUCUGCUUAAAAAAAACCUAGCAAAGCCAAACCUUGCCGAUUUCAAAUAUCAGCUGUAUGACAUCUGGUUCCAGCUCUAUGCCAGGAAACAAGGAGACAGACCUGAUUCUUGCGGUUUUGAACACGUUUUUGUUGGAGAAACAAGGCGUGGUAAGCAGAUAUUAGGUUUGCACAACUGGGUGCAAUUUUACCUUCAGGAAAAGCGCAACCAAAUUGACUACAAGGGAUAUGUCGCUCGGAAGAACAAAACCAGGCCUGACAAAGAUGACCAAGUUUUGAGCAUCCAGUUCAGCUGGAAGGGCUCAGUCAAGCCAAUUGGAAGCACCUUUAUUGGUGUCAGCCCGGAGUUCGAAUUUGCCCUUUACACUGUCAUUUUCCUGCUGGCUGAGGAAAGUGUCACACGUGAAACAGUGAAGAUAGAGGAAUAUGAGCUACAGAUGGUUGUUUGCCGCCAUGGUCACCACAUUGGAACAGCAUAUCCAGUACUCCUCAGCACCAGUAGUGAAGACUAG